AUGCAUCAUCAGCAACUGGUCAUCUCCCUCUUUUCUUUGCUAUUGUUGGCAACUCCUCUCAGGGCCCUAUGGGAACUGGAAAAAAAUGUUUAUGUUGUCGAGGUAAACUGGCAUCCUGAUGCUCCAGCAGAAACAGUGGUGCUCACCUGUGAUUCACCUGAAGAAGAAAACACCAUUACCUGGACCUCAAAUAACAAUGGCCAGAUCUUAGGAACAGGCAACACCUUGACUGUCCAAGUGAGGGAGUUUACAGAUGCUGGCACCUACAUUUGUCAGAAAGGAGCAAAGGUGCUGAGCCGCAAGUUAUUGUUAAUCCGAGUAAUAGAAGAGGAGAUCUGGUCCACUGAUAUUGUAAAAGAACAGAAAGAACCCAAACCCAAGACCUAUCUGAGGUGUGAGGCCAAGAAUUAUUCUGGGACUUUCACCUGUUCCUGGCUUACAGACAGCAGUCCUGACUUAAAAUUCUCUGUUAGAAGCAGCAAAGGCUCUUCAGAUCCCCGAGGGGUAACGUGUGGGCCUGCCGUGCUCUCUAAAGAAAAAGUCAAAAUAGACAACAAGGAAUACCAAAAAUAUACAGCAGACUGCCAAGAGGUCAGCGCCUGCCCAUCUGCUGAAGAAAACCAGCCAAUCGAAGUUGUCCUAGACGCGAUUCAUAAACACAAAUAUGAAAAAUACACCAGCAGUUUCUUCAUAAGAGAUAUCAUCAAACCAGACCCACCCAGGAACCUUCAUGUCAAACUCUUGAAGUCUGGCAUUAUGGAGUUAAGAUGGGAGUAUCCUGAGACCUGGAGUACACCACAUUCCUAUUUCCCACUGAAUUUCAGCGUUCACGUUUACGGCAGAGGCAAGAAAGAAAAGAUCCAGAAUAGCUUCACCACAGAAGCAACUUCUGCUCAAGUUGAAUGCCAGAAGGGGAAGAAGUUUUUGGUGCAGGCCAGGGAUCGCUACUAUAAUUCAUUCUGGAGCAAAUGGGCAUCUGUGUCCUGUGAGUAG